AUGAACUACCAGUUUGCGAAUCUCCUGGGGGCGCCCUAUCGCGGCGGGAACCUUCUGCUGCAUGGGCCGGAGCUGCUGUCGCCUGUCGGCAACCGGGUGUCUCAGAUCAACCUGGCGCACUCCACCAGCCAGACCCUGCCGUUUGAAAACCUGAAGCAGAUCCGCACCCUGUGCCUGUCACCCGACGGCGCCCUGCUGCUGUCGAUUGACCAGGACGGCCGCGCCCUCGUAGUGCACAGGCAGCGGCGCGUGCUGCUGCACCAUGUGUCUUUCAAGGCGGCCGUCAGGGCUGCGAAAUUCAGCCCUGAUGGGGCGAUGGUGGCGGUCAGCGUCGGGAAGCUGCUGCAGGUCUGGCACACGCCCAGCACGGCCAAGAGCAUGGCGCCCAUGCAGCUGCACCGCACCUACGGCGGCUGCCACGAUGACAUCACCAGCCUGGACUGGUCGCCGUGCGGGAAGUUCAUAGCGGUGGCCUCCAAGGAUCUCACGGCGCGGGUUUUCUCUCUGAACCCCAUCCCAGGCUACGUGCCCCCCAUCCUUGCCGGCCACAAGGACGGGCUGAUGGGUGUCUAUUUCACUUCCGAAGCCACCCAGUCUGCCGCCGCCCUCGCCGGCCAGCCGCCCAUCCACCUCUACACAAUCAGCCGCGACGGCGCCCUUUUCGGCUGGCACCACGACCGCUCCGCGGCCGCGGCCGCGACUGCCGCGGCGGCCGCGGCGCGUGUGCGGGCGGGGAGGCUGGCCGCGAAGGCGGCGGCCGCCGCGGCGGCGCGACGGCGGGCGCAGUCAAAGUCAAAGGCGAGGAAAGGGGCGGCGGAUGACGGGGACGCUGACGAGGACGACGAGGAUGCUGAGGAGGACGAUGCAGGGGCGUCUGACGAGGAGGAGGAGGAGGAGGACGAGGUGCCUGAGCUGGCGCGGGGCGUGUGGGGCGUGGCUUUCAAGCACUACUUCAUGCAGCGCGGCGCCAAGCUCAGCUGCGCGGACUUCCACCGCGCCACGGGCGUCCUGGUGGCGGGGUUCAGCCACGGGAUCUUCGAGAUGCUGCAGCUGCCGGAAGCUUCCUCCAUCCACACGCUGAGCGUCAGCCGCGAGCGCCUGACGGCCGCCGCGUUCAACGCCAACGGGGACUGGCUGGCGCUUGGGUGCGCGGCGCUGGGGCAGCUGCUGGUGUGGGAGUGGCGCAGUGAGACGUACGUGCUCAAGCAGCAGGGCCAUUACUUCGACGUCUCAGCCGCCAGCUACAGCCCGGACGGCGCCCUCCUGGCCACCGGCGCAGACGACUCCAAGGUCAAGCUGUUCCAGCUCAGCAGCGGGUUCUGCUACGUGACGUUCACCGACCACGCCGCCCCCGUCACGGCUGUGCGCUUCCUGCCCAGCGGCCACGCCGUGCUCAGCGCCUCACUGGACGGCACCGUGCGCGCGUUUGACUUGGUGCGGUACCGCAACUUCCGGACGCUGACUACGCCGUCGCCGCAGCAGUUCCUGUCCCUGGCGGUGGACCCGGGGGGCGAGGUCGCGUGUGCGGGCACCCUGGACGGCUUCCAGAUCUGCGUGUGGAGCGUGAAGACUGGCCGCCUGCUGGACAUCCUGGCCGGCCACGAGGGCCCUGUGUGCGGCCUGGCCUUCAGCCCCAGCCAGCCCAUACUGGCAUCAUGCUCCUGGGACAAGACGGUGCGGCUGUGGGACGUGUAUGACGGCGCGGGCUGCGUUGACACGCUGCAGCACAACCACGACGUCCUCACACUCGCAUACAGGCCGGACGGCAAGCAGCUGGCGGCGGCGACGCUGGACGGGGCUUUUAUGCAACCUGCGGGCGCUCCUGGGCUGAACCUGUACACGCCCCGCGCCCAAACCUUUGAGCGCGCGGGCACGAUCGAGGGCCGCCGCGACGUGCGGGGCGGCGCGAUCACCGGCGACAAGCGCAGCGCGGCCAACGCCGCCGCGGGCGCCGCGUUCACGUCGCUCACCUACAGCGCCGACGGCACGCUCCUGUUUGCGGGCGGCAACAGCAAGUACGUGUGCGUGUACGACGUGGCGGAGCGGCUGCUGCUCCGAAAGUUCCAGGUGGGGUUGAAAUGUCGGCACCAGGUUUCAGGGUGUCAUGCUGAGCCCUGA